AUGGGCCUUGCUUGGAAGCAGAACAAGUUAAAUGUGGGUCAGCCCAAGCCAAACGAUACGGGCCUUGCUUGGCUCUGUGGCCCAUUUUCCGACCUCGAUUGCGGAACCGAAAACCUUGGGACGACGAUCGACGAGUGUCGAAACUCGAAACCCAAAAACCCUGCCCUGAACUCGAUCUCUCUCUCCGUAAACAAUAGUUCGUUGUUAGAAGCUUUCUCUGCACUGCGAAUCAAGGAAUUUCGACCACAGAGCGAAGAAAUGGGACGGGCAGCUCUUCUCCACUUGAUCCGAUCUCAAACCAGAUGCAUAUCUUCUGCCACCAACCGCUUACCUUCAGGUUAUCAACCCUAUAGGACCAUCCCAUGGUUGCACCUUCCAAAUGCUAGACCCAGCUUCACUCCUGCUUUCUCGGCGCAGAAAAGGUGGGCAUCUCAAGCUGCUGCUGCUGCUGAAGAAGAUGAUAACAGGAUCUCCAUUGGUCCACGCAAGGAUAAAUCACCUGAAGAAGACAAAGAUGAUGAAGACGAGACCGGGAUUGUUUAUCGAGGUCCCAUAUCAUCAACGAUCAAGAAAGUAAAGAUGCUAUCACUCUCCACCUGCUGUCUGUCGGUCUCCCUGGGACCCGUCAUCACCUUCAUGACGUCAACAGAUUCGAACGUGAUCCUGAAGGGUGCGGUUGCAUCGUCCGUGAUCUUCUUCAGCGCCUCGACCACCGCCGCGCUGCACUGGUUCGUGAGCCCUUACAUUCACAGGCUGAGGUGGCAGCCUGGUUCCGACAGCUUUGAGGUGGACAAGAUGUCCUGGCUGGCCACGUUUGCCAAGGAGACCAUCAGAUUUGCAGACAUCCGUGUGGCGGAGACCAACCGACCCUUUGUGUCUUUCAUGGCCAAUGGCAAGUUUUACUUCGUGGACAAAGAGCACUGCCACAACAAAGCAUUGCUUGCCAGACUUACCCCGCAGACGCGGGAAUCGGCAUUCAAGAACUUGUGA